AACCUAACAAAACGCCAUGGAUCUGUCCCCUGAAGAGCUUCAAUUCCUUGGCAUCCCAGACAUUCUCAGAGAAUCAAUUUCAAUCCCUCGAAAAUCCCCCAAAGCCUUCAACCUCAUAACCCUAGUUCUCAUCUUCCCUCUCUCUUUCGCCAUUUUAGCUCACACCCUUUUCACCCACCCCAUCCUAACUCAACUCCAAUCCCACCCAUUAACCGACCCUUCCCACACCCGCCACGAGUGGACUCUCCUCUUAGCCUUCCAGUUCUUCUACCUCAUCUUCCUCUUCGGUUUCUCCCUUCUAUCAACCGCCGCCGUCGUUUUCACCGUCGCAUCUCUCUACACCUCGAAGGCGGUCCUUUUCUCCUCCACGAUCUCCGCCAUCCCCAAGGUCUUCAAACGCCUCUUCAUAACGUUCGGAUGGAUCGCUCUCUUGAUGUUCGUUUACAACUCCCUGGUGAUCGCCUUCCUGUUCAUGUUCUUCAUCGCCGUUGACACCCAGAACGUCGUUUUAUCGUUCUUCGCAUUCAUUGUGAUUCUGAUCCUCCUCUUGGGCCUUCACGUUUACAUCACCGCGUUGUGGCAUUUGGCCAGUGUGGUAUCGGUGCUUGAACCCAUUUACGGGCUCGCAGCCAUGAAGAAGAGCUAUGAGUUGUUGAAAGGGAGGGUGAACAUGGCUUGCGUUCUGGUGUUCGGGUACUUGGCGAUCUGUGCAGUGAUCGGCGGUACGUUUGGGACGGUAGUGGUGCAUGGAGGGGAACGGUAUGGGAUGUUUAGGAGGAUUUCGGUGGGGGGAUUUUUGGUUGGAGUUUUGGUGAUUGUGAACCUUGUUGGGUUGUUGGUGCAGAGUGUGUUUUACUAUGUUUGUAAGAGUUAUCAUCAUCAGGGGAUCGAUAAGAGUGCUUUGCAUGAUCAUCUUGGUGGGUAUCUUGGGGAGUAUGUGCCUCUCAAGAGCAGCAUUCAAAUGGAGAAUUUGGAUACUUGAUUGUCAAGGAACCCUUUUUUAUUCU